UUUACUAUUUAGUACGGUGUGCGCCGGCGCCGGAAAAGGACGUAUCAAUCGGUUCGUCUCAGGACGAUAGAAAAUACGACAACGAAUUUAGCGUUUCGUUUGUAAAAAUGGUCACCAACAUUUGACAUAAUAGUAAAAUCGUGAUUCUCGUGUGUGAAAAUGAAGUUGAUUUUUCUGUUCUUGACAAUCGGCCUGGCCGGCUGUGAGGCCAGCGAUUGCUGCAAACAUGGCGUUGUAGAAGACGAUGGGAAUGUCUGCGUGGAUUUGCUAACUAACAAAACUUCAUCAACAAGUCUCACGUGUUCUCAUGUUGAUCACUUGUCGUUACAAAUGUUCAACUUCACAGCCAGUGAGGAUUCUCUGAUAUUGAAUUUAAACGAGGAUAUGGUUAUUGAACUAGAAAGUGAUAAGUUUUGUGUAUCUAACGGAACGAGGUUUUCUGAUGAUCCUGUCGCCGUAAUAUGUUCAGAUGUAGACGAGAAGAUCUUGGAGGAGAGCGUCUACGGGUACUGCAUGAUAGUGUCAGUUGUAUUUCUGGUCAUCACAGUGAUAGUGUACAGCAUGCUACCCAAGUUGAGAGAUCUUCUAGGCAAGAGUAUAAUAAACUUCUGCGCGAGCCUCGCGAUAGGUCUCAGUACAUUGGCCAUUAUGAAUAUCAUGGAAUAUUCCGAUUUGAAAUGGUGUGCUGUGAGAGGCUUCGUCGCCUAUUUCUUUAUUCUGGCCACGUUUUUCUGGUCCAACUCAAUAUCCAUACAAAUAUUGCGGAGUUUAGAGCGGCCGACUUCAAUCGACUACAGCUGGAAGGCUUUUAUGUGGUACGCGCUUUACGCCUGGGGAUGUCCUACAAUCCUUACUAUAAUUCUGGCUAUUGUCAAUUUCACACCUGGGAAACAUCGAAAACCUGGAAUAGGAUUGAACACGUGCUGGUUUUUUGAUUACAAACAACAAUGGUAUUACAUGUACAGCGUGAUGACAAUAUUGAUUGUCAGCAACAUGGUCAUCUUUAUGUACAUAUCGCUCAGUCUCUGGCGGCACACCUUCGCAUCCACACACAUAAAGGCGCUCAAAUACAAAUUCUGGAUGACAGUAAGAAUGUUCAUAGUCAUGGGACUGGCGUGGAUAUUUGAGAUGAUCAGCUCUUUAAGCAAACCCCAUAUCAUAUGGGUCAUACUGGACUUCUUCAACUUAUUACAAGGAUUGUUAUUAUUUCUGGUGCUCGUUGUAUUCCGGAAGCGUGUUAUUAAGGAGCUGUAUAAUAAAGGCUGGUUGGAAUGCGUGGCUGGCUGUGUAGAACGCCAUCUAGCGGUCGGGGAUGACGAGGAAGAUGUCGUCGAACACACGAUAGGUGUAGCCCUUGAGGAGAAAUGAAACAGCUGCACUGCUGUUCAAAGUAUACUAGUCCUUAUUUUAUACGCAUUAGAAUCAAUAUUCGUAUACACAACUGAAUGAUGUAUCUCGAUUACUUAUGCUACAGUAACUAACAGUAUUGUCGUGACUUGUUUCUUGUAUGUAUUAUAUCGUUAAUGAUAAUGAGUUAUAGUGAAAUUGUUACAGGCAAUUUUUCAUCUAGAAAUGUAUGAAAAAAUAUUAUUUUAAUGCUAAUGUUUUUAAUGCGAACAGCAACUACGGAUGAGUCAGCAAUUGCACAUGUUUGAAACUUUUAAAUUUAUACAGAAAACAUGAAUAAGAAAUUGCACAAUAUUUAUUAAGUAAUAAAAAUAUUGACAAACUUAGCAGUUGUAGUUCAAAUAUAUGUUAACGUAAACGUUUCAACUGCUUAUUUAUGUUUGUAAUAAAAAUAUAUAUUCGCGUGUUGUAUGUAUAAAAUUUAUAAUUGUAUGUAUUUAAAUUUUGGGGGACACAAUUUUGUUUUUAUACCCUAAUUAAACUCGCUUCAUAUCUCAUGUAUUCCACAUUAACAUAUUUAUUCCAUGUUGAACUGAACUUAUUUCUUUAUGUAUAUAUACAUAUAAAUUUUAAAUUAAGAAUAAGAUAAAAAUAGCAAAAGCUAAGCAUUUAACCACCGAUAAUUAUUAUUAACAUUAAAAUGUUGUUUGUUAUAGAAUCUUGAGUUCAUCAUUAUAAGGGAAUCGUCACAAUACAUAAUAAUUAUUUUUAGUAAUUUCGCUUAUAUUGUAAAAAGUUGUUUUUUUUUUAUAUUAACUUUUUUCUUAUUUUCUAAAUAUUAAAAUAUUCUUUUGAAUAUCA